AUGACGUUGGAGGCGCACCUGCACGCCUUUGAAGCUACAGCCACGAGGGAAGCGGGCCCAAGGGCGACUGACUACGAGGCACUGAAGGCGGAGAUCCUCAGCAGAGGUGGGCUCACCAAGUUUGGCAUGGCCCAGCGGUUCCACAGCUGCACCUUCCAACCAGACCAGCCCCCUCGUGCACAGAUGCAUGAACUUGUCCGGAUCACGAGGAAAUGGCUGGACCCGGAGAAGAGUACGACAGCUGCAGUAGUGGAGGCCGUGGUGGUGGACAAAUACUUACGGGCCCUGCCUUAUGAGGCGAAACGGCUCAUUAGUCAACAGGCCUUGACGACAGCGGACCUAACCGUGGAAGCCGUGGAAAGGUACCAAGCCACAGCAGAGAUGCUUCGGGCUUCCAGGAAGGAGCCCCAGAGUGCGUCCCCACCACAGACGGGAGGAGCCCGUCCAAAGAACCCCAAGGGAUCCAAUCCAGCCACUUCAGGAGCUGUCCAGGCUCCAGGGGGAGCCCGAAACCAGCCGGAGUCGUGGAUGGCCCAAGAACGACCCCCCACCUGCCCGGUGACGGUGAAUCACCAUGAUGUGGAGGCUCUGCUAGAUUCCGGUAGCCGGGUCACCCUGGUGCAUAAGGAUCUGGUGGAUUCAUCGUAUCUGACCCCAGGGAAAGUCCUCCCGGUCUCCUGUGUCCAUGGAGACACCAGAGACUACCCCACCACUGAACUCGCGAUGACCACCACCAGGGGAACCAUCCUCACGACAGCGGGUGUGGUUGAUUCCCUACCCGUUCCUGUCCUAAUUGGGCGAGACUGCCCAGCCUUUCACCAACUGUGGAGGGAGACUCAGGAGAGGCUGACCCGAGUACCUCGGAAGCGGAGAGGGAUGGCAGGUGCCCAGGCUGACUCAGAGACUGGUCCAGACACGGAGGAAGAGAACAUGGUCCCAGGAAGUGCUCCAAUCUCCAGCGAGGAAGACGUCCAUGGCACCAAAGAGCUUCCCCCUCUCACAGGCCAGUAUGGUACAGCCCAGUUACAGGAUCCCACUCUUACAAAUGCUUUGAAGAAUGUGCAGGUGAUAGAGGGAGUGGUGCUAGGGGAUAGGACAAGCCCUACCUACCCCCAUUUUGCAGUAAACCGGGGUUAG